AUGAGAAGAACAAAUUUUAAAGGAGUGAUCAUUUUCUUGGGGUUAACAGUUUGUUAUGUGCUUGGAGAGGCUGAUUUAGGGUUGGAUACGACAAAACCUAAGAUUUUGGAUGGAAAAAAUGUACCAAACAACCCUACAAGGCAUGCAGUGAAAUCAAUCCAGAGUGAAGAUGGUGACAUUAUAGAUUGCAUUGACAUUUACAAGCAACCUUCAUUGGAUCAUCCUUCUUUGAAGAAUCACAUCAUCCAGUUGGCACCAAGUUAUAAUCCAAACAUGGAGGAAAUUCAGACAAGUGAACAACCUUUGAGGAGUGUAACAUCUCAAGUAUGGCAGAAAAGUGGAAGCUGUCCAAAAGGAACAAUCCCAGUAGUUCGAAGAAGAACCCAUAAUGAUGAUGAGCUAUUAUCAAACUCAAGGAAGAAGAGUCCAUUGACCAAGGCAAUAUUGUUGACGGAAGGGUAUAACUAUGCGGGAGUGAAAGCAGAUAUCAAAGUAUGGAAUCCUCAUGUUGAAUCCGACGAUGAAUAUUCCACUUCUAGAAUCAGCCUCCGAAGUGGUCCUUGGUAUGAUUUUGAGAGCGUUGAAGCUGGUUGGGCGGUGAAUCCUGGUGUGUACGGAGAUAGACAAACUCGAUUAUUUGCUUAUUGGACUGUUGAUGCAUCAAAGAAAACAGGGUGUUUUGAUCUAACAUGCCCUGGAUUUGUUCAGACAAGCCAUGAAAUUGCUCUUGGUGCAGCCAUUUACCCUAUCUCUGUCUUCCGAGGUCUCCCAUAUCAGAUAACUCUCUUUAUAUUUAAGGAUCCAAACACAAACAAUCUAUGGGUUCAAUACGGUGAAAGAACCAACAUAGGGUAUUGGCCACCGAAGCUGUUCAAAACACUGACCUACGGUGCGGAAUGUGCCGAGUGGGGCGGCGAUGUUUACAGCUCAAAGUUGGAGCAAGUUCCCCACACGGAAACACAAAUGGGCAACGGUAAUUUCCCGGAUUAUAUCGACGGGAAUUCAGGGUAUAUGAAAAGAAUGAGGAUUCUCGACAUAUCGCUCAACUUGAAAUUCCCGGAAUGGGUGGGCACUUACGCAGAUGAAUAUUGGUGUUAUCAAUCUCAAUAUGUUUCGGAUUAUGUUGUAGAUCCUGAGUUUUAUUUUGGUGGCCCUGGAAGGAAUGAUAUGUGUCCUUGA